GCCUGCUGGAUUUUCUCUCUGUGUUUAUAUGCCGGCCAGAGGGUCACCUUGGAUCAGUCAUUGGCUUCACUUGCAGCGGUUUGGUGUGGUUCUUUUCGGCGCCGUGGCGUUUUGAAAAAUAGGGAAAACUUUCACGGAAGAGAGAAGUGUUCAGCGGUUCGAGAUGAAUACCAGAGACGCCCUUUUGUCGAUGAUAUCGCCUCCGGCGGCAGACUCGGGCAACAAAGUCACGGUGGUUGGCGUCGGGCAAGUAGGGAUGGCCUGCGCCUUCAGCAUUUUAUCCCAAGGAGUGUCGAGCGAUGUGGUUCUGGUCGAUGUCAUGGAGGAUAAACUCAAAGGUGAGAUGAUGGACCUGCAACACGGCGCCCUCUUCCUCAAAAACGCCACCAUCACGGCGAGCAAAGACUACAGCGUCACCGCGGGCUCGAAGCUCUGCAUCAUCACCGCGGGUGUGCGUCAGAAAGAGGGCGAAUCGAGACUGAACCUCGUGCAACGGAACACGGACGUGUUGAAACACAUCGUGCCCAAUCUCGUGAAAUACUCCCCUGACACUAUCUUGCUCGUAGUGAGCAAUCCCGUGGAUAUUCUGACGUACGUCGCUUGGAAGCUGAGCGGUUUGCCCAAGAACAGAGUCAUCGGGUCCGGUACCAAUCUGGACACCUCCCGGUUCAGGUUCUUGGUGUCCCAGAAGCUCGGGGUGUCACCUGGUAGCGUCCACGGCUGGAUUAUCGGCGAGCACGGCGACUCUAGCGUGGCCAUUUGGUCGGGGGUCAAUGUGGCCGGAGUGCGCCUGAGGGAAAUCAAUCCCGCGGUGGGGACGGACAGGGACCCGGAAAACUGGAAAGACGUCCACAAGCAGGUGAUAUCGUCCGCGUACGACGUGAUCAAGCUCAAGGGCUACACCUCGUGGGCUAUUGGGCUCAGCGUCGCCUCUUUGGCCUCCAGCAUCUUGAGAAACUCGAAUAACGUUCACGCGGUCUCCACUUACGUCAAGGGGCAACACGACAUAGUGCACGACGUGUUCCUGUCUGUCCCAUCGGUCCUGGGAGAAAAUGGCGUCUCUUACAUAGUCAAGCAACAGCUCAACGGAGACGAACACGAAGCGCUACUAAAAUCCGCAAAUUUAAUGUCCGAAGUGCAAGAGGGCCUCAAGUUUGACUAAGCGACGAACAAAUACCAUAUACUUCCGUGGCCACUACUAAUUUUACUUAGAACGUAACUGCACCACUACUAAGGCACCUCUUUAAGAUUUAAAUUCGUAAAUUAAAAUUAAUUUUCGUCGGUAGUGCCAACUACUGGAUAAUUUUAAUCGGUAAAACCAUGGCGAUACAAGGAACUACCUCGAUGCGUUGCCCGAUCUGCAUUUAUAACCUCAUUUUUGAUCCCAUGGUUACAAAAAAAGAAGAAGAAGAAUAACGUUAUUUUCCGCAAAACCCCAAAAUUUCGUUGUUCCUAACCUAAAAUCUUUGUGUAAUUAUUUAUUUUGUAGCGUAUUUAGCACGUAACUAAUAUUACCAAAAAAAAGU